AUGGAUUUUUCAGUUCCAUCAAAUCUACCUCCUCAUAUUAAAAACCUGUUAUAUGAUCUAAUUCAGGAUUAUAAAGAAGAAAACUUAACUAGAAAAGGGUAUGAGUCAAAAAGAAAAAAUCUCUUAGAAGAUGCUCAUACGAGUGUACCAGUUUCUUCAUCUUCCUCUCAUAAUCGUUCUUUCGUUUCGACGUCGAAUGAGUUUAGAAGGACCCCAACUGUAGGUAGCAAUAAUUAUAUAUUCCCAAAUGAUUUGAGACAUAAUAGUAACGAAAAUUCUAUGUCCUCCCCUAGAUACCAUAUUAGUUCAAAAACUAGUUUUACCAGCGCUAACUCUACCCAACUAUCAUUACCAAGACAGAAUUCUAUAUAUCGUGUAUCAACAGCAAAAUCUGAAUUAAACUUUCAUAAAAGGACAAAUUCUAUUCAAUUAUCCUUAUCAUCCUCAGAUAUCCCUCUAGAUACAUACGAGCCAAUGAUUCCUCUACUACCAAGAAAACAGGAUAAAAUCAUAAUGGACUCCUUACCAUCCAUCUUACGUGGAAGAUUCGAAAAUUAUCCUAAUAUGACUGCAAUUAUAAGUAUAGACGAAAAGGGUAAGGAUAAUUAUAUUUCUUGGUAUAAAUUGUAUCUAAGAGCAGAGAAAGUUGCUCAUGAGUUGGUCGUAAAGAAUAGCCUUUACAAGAUGGAUAAAGUUAUACUGUGGUAUAAUCAAGAAGACAUGAUUGAAUUCACCGUAGCUUUAUUAGGGUGUUUUAUUGCUGGUAUGGUAGCUGUCCCAGUAUCAUUCGAGACUUAUUCUCUAACUGAGGUUGUAGAAAUUAUUAAACUUACUACAUCAAAGCACGUGUUACUUUCUAAUGAAUGCUAUAAACAAUUAGAUAAUCUGCAUUCUUCUACAAGUAAUAAUAAAAUUAAACUAAUUAAAAGUGAUGCAUUUUCCCAGAUUCAUUUCAUUAAGACAAAUGAUUUGGGCAUAUAUUCUAAAGCCAAGAAAAAAGUUCCUACAUUUGACAUUCCAAAUGUAUCAUAUAUUGAAUUUACUAGAACACCAUUAGGUAAAUUGUCUGGGGUAGUAAUGAGACACAAGAUUUUAGCUAAACAAUUUGACACAUUGGCAAAGAUUUUAGAUUCACGUUCAACAUCUACCUGGGAAAAAAAACAGAUAAAAAAAUCGCAUUCGCAUAGGGAUCCUUCAAAUAGAUACACCAUCAUGAAUAGUUUAGAUCCUACUAGAUCUACAGGCCUGAUAUGUGGUGUUCUCUUCAACAUAUAUUCUGGUAAUCUUCUUAUAUCAGUAGAUAAAAAUAUCUUAAAGAGAGCUGGUGGCUAUGAGGAAGUAAUUAACAAGUAUAGACCAGAUAUUUUACUAAAUGAUCAAUUGCAAUUAAAGCAAGUAGUAAUCAAUUUCUUAGAUAAUCCUGAAUUAACUAAUAAUAAAACACAAAAAAUGGAUUUUAGAUGUAUCAAAUGUUGUUUAACUUCGUGUACAACAAUUGAUACAGAUGUUACUGAUAUGGUAGUUUAUAAAUGGUUGAAUAAUUUAGGUUGUUCUGAUGCCGCCACCUGCUAUUCUCCAAUGCUUACUUUGCAAGACUUUGGUGGGAUUUUUAUUUCUUUACGAGACCAAUUAGGCCGCCUAGAAAAUUUUCCAAUUCAAACGCCAACUUUAAGAUUACAGGAUGAAUUAUACGUUGAUAAGGAGAAAUUAAGGGUGAAUAUCGUUGAACCAAAUGUGAAUGCUUCUCUAAAUAGCUCUAUAUCAUUCAAUGACUACCUGAGAAUGAAUACUUUUGGAUUCCCAAUACCAGAUGCCACAUUAUGUGUAGCAAAUUUAGAUGACGCUACACUUGUACCUGAUUUAACUGUUGGUGAAAUUUGGAUAUCUUCCGAUAGUAUAACGAAUGAAUUUUAUCAAAUGGAGCGAAUCAAUGAUUUCGUGUUUAAUGCAAAAAUUAAUUAUUCAAAGAUGAAAACUAUGUGCUCUUCUAGCUCAAAUUCGGUACAAUCACUAGAAAGAGUUAGUACAAUCAAAUCAUUAGUAUCACCUGCUAAAAAUUUUAUGAGAACAAAACUUAUGGGAUUCAUUCAUAAUGGGAAAAUAUAUGUGCUGUCAAUGAUUGAAGAUAUGUUUUUACAAAACAAAUUGGUUCGCCAUUCCAACUGGGCUCAUACAUCAGAUUUAAGCAGAGCUAAAGUAAGUCCAUCACGUACAACUGCACCUAUUCCAAACUUAAACUCUCCAGCUACUUCAAGCAAUAACCCUACGAAAAGUGAUGUAGAAGAAAUUUCUAGCGAAAGAAGCUUGAGGUCAAAACGUGUAGUUCAAACUUAUUAUUUACAGCAAAUUAGUGAAACUUUAGUCCGAACUGUCGCAACUGUCCUUGAAGUCUCUGCUUUUGAAUUGCCACAUAAUAGAGAUGAACAUUUUCUUGUUAUGGUCGUUGAGAGUUCUUUAGCUAAAUCAGAUUCUACCAUGCUUGGUAUCUCCUCAGCCCGCCAAACCAAAUUGGAAAAGACUAUGACUGAUUUUACUGAACAGAUAUACAGAAUAUUGUGGAUUUUUCAUAAAAUUCAGCCAGUAUGCGUAUUAGUUGUACCACCAGGCUCAUUGCCAAGAAGAUAUUGUUCUUUAGAAUUGGCUAAUAGUACAAUUGAGAAGCAAUUCUUAAAUGGUGAGCUUAAAUCAAAUUUUGUCAAAUUUCAAUUUGAUCAUGUUAUUUUGGACUAUAUUCCACAUUCUCUAUACUAUAAUGAAAGUAUAUUUUCAACGCAUCUAUCUGAAUUGAGAAGAACUUAUCUAAAGGAGAUAUACGAGGUAUUAUCUCAUAAUCAAGAUGGGACGGGAUUCCAAUCUUCAAAGAUUGAUUAUAGAGAAUCAUCAUUUGAUCCAAGAACAAACAAAAAACUAUCUGAUUUUAAAAAUAUUAUCGAAGUUAUUGAAUGGAGAUUAUCUAAUAGCCAAAAUGAAACCACAUUCAGUGACGGUAUGAAUAAUCCUCAAACUAAUUCUAAAGACAGCAACAAUACAAAUACGCAAGUUUCUUGGAAAUUAUUUGAAAAAAUUGUUGCCUCAUUUCUAAAGAAAAUAAUUGGUUCUAAAGUUCCUUUAAAACGUGGUGAUCAUGUAGUAGUUAUGUGUGAAAAUUCUGUGGAAUAUCUUGCUACUAUUAUCGCAUGCUGGUACUGUAAUUUGAUUGUAAUUCCUCUUGAUGUGCUUAGAGAAGAGAAUGCAGAACAUGAUAUGCAUUUUUUCAUCGAUGUCAUUAAAACUUAUGACGUAAAGAGGGUAUUCUUUGAUAAUAAAACUGUAUAUCUUAUUGAAAAUCAUCUAAUAAUAAGCAAAUUAUAUAAAGAUGUUAAACACCAAAUUCCAAAGACUACAAAUAUUUCUAAAAUUAAAAAGAGAAGCGAUCUUACAAUCAAGUUAUUUAAAAAGCCUAUAUCUGAAAAAUUUCCUUCUAGAAAAAGUUCAAAUCCAAAUUCUAUUACAUGUUUAAUUUGGAUCAAUCGUGAUUCUGAUACUACUGAAGAUAUACAUGUCCAGAUGUCUCAUUCGAUUCUAAUGAAUGAAUGUAAAAUCCUGAAAGAAACUUUACAUUUAUCUCAUGAAAAUACAUUAUUUUCUCUUUCACCUCAUACAUAUGGUAUUGGAUUUAUAUUAAGUGUCCUCCUUGGGACUUAUGUUGGCUGUGUUACAACUUUCUUCAGUUUAAGAGAUGUCCUUUCAUCUCCUAAAGAUUUUUUAAUCGGUUUACAAAAUAUGAAUGUUAAAGAUAUAUUUUUUGAGUUAGAGACAUUUUACCUUUUAAUGGCUAAAGCUGCAGAAGUGUUGGAAGGGGGGAAAACAAAGCCAACUAACAACAAAAAAGAUAACAAAAUUUCACACACAGUAUUGAGUCCAGAUUUUUUUAGAAAUGUUAAAAAUAUUAUGAUACCAUUUUCUAAUAGGCCAAGGACCUUAACAAUAGAAUCUAUUCUAAAGAAAUAUAGCUCAAUUAGUAUCAACCCAGCCCGCAUCAAUUUCGUUUAUGAACAUAUAUUCAAUAGCAAUAUUUCCUUAAGAUCAUACUUGAAUAUACCUCCAGUUGAUUUAUAUUUAGAUCCGUGUGCUUUACGUGAGGGACUUAUAAAAGAAAUUGAUCCAUCAGCUGUUGGAUCAGAUGGGUAUUUACGGAUUCAAGAUUCUGGUGUGGUUCCAGUAUGCACUGAUAUAGCAAUCGUCAACCCAGAAACAAAGAUGCAAUGUUAUAGUGGUGAAUUUGGUGAGAUUUGGUGUUGUUCUGAAGCUAAUGCCUAUGAUUAUUACCUCUUCAAAUCAGAUUUAAAGAACACAAAAAGAAAACUAAUCAAGGAUCAAUUUAUUACGGAACAGUUUAAAACUAAAAUAGAAGGAAAUGGCGAUACCGGGCUAACAUACUUAAGAACCGGUGACUUAGGGUUUAUUAAGAAUGUUACAGUGACUGAUUCUGUGGGAUCUGUUAAAAAUUUGAACUUAUUAUAUGUACUCGGUAGUAUCAAUGAGUCCAUUGAUCAUCUUGGUUUAACACAUUUUGUUACCGAUCUAGAACAGACCGUUAAAACUGUUAAUAAGUCAAUAUUGAAUUGUAUAAUUGCCAAAACUGGUGGUUUAUUGGUUUGUCUAAUAAAGACUAAAGCCAAAGGUUGUAAUUAUGCUACAUUAACUACUUUAGUUGUAUCACAGCUAUUAAACCGCCAUGGUGUUAUUUUAGAUCUGUGUGCGUUUGUAAAACCAGGCAAUACUAGUAGUAUACUACCUGAGAGCUGGUCCAAAUACCGUAAAACAGUGAUGAAAAAAUGGUUCUCUGGUAAUUUGCCAAUUAUUACUCAAUUUGGUAUUAAUUAUGGUGAAAAUAUGUCUAUAUAUUUAUUAUCUGAUUUUAACAAUGCAAAUUGA